ACACAAUUCAACCCAACAACUCCCUCUCUCUCUCUCUCUCACACACAGUUGUUGUUGUUGGUCACACCACCUACCCAUCUCAAACAAACCCCAUUACCAAACAUUUCUGUAAGUAACUAACUGACUCAUCUUCUCCCUUUUUCUCUUCACUUCUCUCUGCAAAUCAAAUCAAUUCAAAGGAUGAGGAAGAGUGCCACCUUAAUCUGCAUCCCCAUAAUGGGGGAAACCAUAGAGAAAAUGAAGAUUGAUGUGCAAAAAGCUAAACAAAACGGUGCUGACCUCGUUGAAAUUCGCUUAGACCAUUUGACCACUUUCAACCCCUCUCCUGACCUUCACACUCUCAUUCAGGAUCGCCUUUUGCCUGUGUUGAUUACUUACAGGCCUACAUGGGAGGGUGGUAAAUAUGAUGGUGAUGAAAACAAACGGUUGGAUGCACUGCGAUUAGCUAUGGAGUUGGGAGCUGAUUACAUUGACGUUGAACUUAAGGUUGCUCACGAGUUCUAUGACUCUAUACGUGGGAAGACAUUUGAAAAAACCAAGGUCAUUGUUUCAUCUCACAACUAUCAGCUUACUCCAUCAGUUGAGGAUCUUGGCAACCUUGCAGCAAGAAUACAAGCAACUGGGGCAGACAUAGUGAAGAUUGCAACCACCGCUGUGGAGAUCACUGAUGUGGCACGCAUGUUUCAAAUAAUGGUGCAUUCUCAAGUUCCAUUUAUUGGACUUGUUAUGGGUGAUAGGGGAUUGAUAUCACGUGUACUUUGUGCAAAAUUUGGUGGGUAUCUCACUUUUGGUACCCUGGAAUCAGGAGUAGUUUCAGCUCCUGGUCAACCGACACUAAAGGAUCUACUGUAUCUCUACAAUUUCCGACAACUGGGGCCUAUGACAAAGGUAUACGGGAUUAUUGGGAAGCCUGUCAGUCACAGUAAAUCACCCAUGUUGUUCAAUGAAGUCUUCAAGUCAGUUGGUCUUGAUGCAGUUUAUGUGUAUUUGUUGGUAGAUGACCUUGCCAAUUUUCUAAGGACUUACUCAUCAACAGAUUUUGCGGGAUUCAGUGUUACCAUUCCUCACAAGGAGGCAGCACUUAAGUGCUGUGAUGAGGUUGAUCCAGUGGCAAAGUCAAUAGGAGCGGUAAAUUGUGUUAUAAGAAGACCCACUGAUGGAAAGUUGAUUGGGUAUAAUACUGAUUAUGUUGGUUCUAUUUCUGCAAUCGAGGAUGGACUACGAGGUAAACAUAAUGUUAGUGGCGCAUCUUCACCAUUAGCUGGUAAGCUGUUUGUUGUUAUUGGGGCUGGUGGUGCCGGGAAGGCACUAGCUUAUGGUGCAAAAGAGAAAGGAGCAAGAGUUGUGAUUGCAAACCGCACCUAUGAUCGCGCCAGAGAACUUGCUGAUGCAAUUGGAGGUGAUGCAAUAGCCCUUGCUGAUUUAGAUAAUUUCCACCCAGAGGAUGGUAUGAUUCUUGCAAACACAACAUCAAUUGGAAUGCAACCAAAAGUUGAUGAAACACCUGUUUCUAAGCAUGCGUUGAAAUUUUACUCGCUUGUCUUUGAUGCUGUCUACACACCUAAAAUGACUAGACUCUUGAAGGAAGCAGAAGAAGCAGGAGCCACUAUUGUAACAGGAUUGGAGAUGUUUAUUGGACAAGCAUAUGGACAGUAUGAGAAUUAUACUGGAUUGCCUGCACCAAAGGAGCUCAUCAGAAAAACCUUGGAAAAUUAACGAGAUUUGUUGGUUGCAGGGAAUGAUUUUUGCAUUACAAUCCUAGAAGAAGAAUAGUGACCGCAGCAUGGCUUACUUCGAUUGUUUUGGCUUUCAACGGGAAGAAUUUAGGUUGUUAAACAUGUAACAUCAGGCAACAUCUGUUAAAAAAUUUGACCGGAAAAACAUCAUUUUAAAUUUGCCUUUGCAUUUUCCUCACUUCUAAAUUUCCACUUUCUCAUGCAGCAAAUUGUAUUUAUGCGGCCAGGAAGACUUCUUGGCAAUCACUAUUAAUAUUAGCAAUUGAAUUUCUCUCAAA